AUGAACAUGGCCAACCUCAUGGUUCUUCGUGGUCUCGUUGCGCAAAAGAACACCAAAAAGCCGCAGUACAUCCGGGUCACUAUAUCCACGGCGGACAUCAACACAAAUGUGGCUGAGCUCACUUGGCAGAACGUCCUCAACGAUGGCACAGCAGACGAGCCGUUUGCAAGUGCCAACAUCUAUUAUGGUGACUCGUCCGAAUGGCUCAAGUCAUGGAUCCCCAGCACGCACUUGGUCCAGGGCCGAAUCGAAGCCCUCGAAAGCCUCGCUGAGAAGGGCAUAGCGAACCGCUUCAACCACAACAUGGCAUACCUUCUCUUUGCCAACAAUCUCGUGGACUACGCGGAAAAAUACCGUGGAAUGCAGUCCGUCGUACUGCACGAGCUGGAGGCCUUUGCCGACAUCAAGCUUACAACCGAGAAGAGCGGUACCUGGACCAUCCCGCCCUACUUUAUCGACAGUGUUGCGCAUCUGGCAGGAUUCAUCAUGAACGUAUCGGAUGCAAUAGAUACAAAGGCCAAUUACUGCGUCACCCCAGGCUGGAGAUCCCUACAGUUGGCCAAACCUCUCGUUGCGGGCGCCAAAUACCGUUCCUAUGUGAAGAUGAUCCAAAGCGACGAAGACCCUACUGUCUAUUUCGGCGAUGUUUACAUUAUGCAAGACGGCGUCAUAAUCGGCAUGUGCGGUGGUAUCCAGUUCCGCCGCUACCCCCGUAUCCUGCUGAACCGCUUCUUCACUGCCCCUGAGGAGGCCGGAGCAGUGUCGCAUGCUGCCGCGUCUGCAACGCCUGCACCCAAAGCAAAAGCACAGCUUCAGCUCCUGCCUGCGGCUGCAGCUCCUGCACCCGUGGCAAUUCCUGCAGUGGCUUCUUCGGUCCCCGCGUCAACUCCAGCCCCUACCCUGGUCCCAGCUCCGAACCCGAUCCCUGCAUCAGCUCCUGGAACCAUUGAGCAAAGCACCACCAGCACAUCAGCUGCUCCUGCAGAUGCAGGUGAGACAAACAGCGUUGCCGCCAAAGCUCUCGUCCUCAUCGCCAAAGAGGCCGCGCUCGAGCUGUCGGAUCUGACAGACGACGCCUCUUUCGCCAACCUCGGCGUCGACAGUCUGAUGAGUCUGGUCAUCUCAGAGAAAUUCCGAGAAGAGCUGGGCGUCACUGUUACGGGGAGUUUGUUCCUCGAGUAUCCGACCAUUGGAGACCUGAGAAGCUGGCUGUUGGAAUACUACAAUUAG